AUGAUCUCUCCCUCGAUUGUCCUGACACUAGGACUGGCCUUGUUCUCUGUCCCUGGUAUCAGUUCUUUGCUUCCUCGACAAGCCAAAAACAAGCCGUGGUCGGUGUCGAAUUUUCACUCACUCCUGACUUUUGGAGAUAGCUAUACGGACGAAAGUCGUCUAGGGUAUUUCAUCCAGAAUAAUGGCUCGGCACCACCAGCUGGGGUCUUAUUGCCCGAAAGCAACUCCACCGCAGGAGGAGGACGCACUUGGCCUCGCUACGUCGUUCAAUACACCGGCUCGACCAAGAAUGGCGAAUGGGACCCAUCAAUGACUCUGUACAACUAUGCCGUCUCUGGUGCAGUAUGUUCUAACAAGAUCACUCCAAGAUGGUUCUCUGCAAUAAAUGCCCCUUUCCCAUCCGUCCUCGAGUACGAAAUCCCAGCGUUUCAAGCCGACAUGAAGGCACAGCGAGUCAACGCUACCCCAGCAGAACCAUAUUUCACCACGGGCCUGUCUGCCCAAUCCGCCCUGUACGCGUUGUGGAUCGGUACCAACGAUCUGGGUGUCUGGGCUUUUGUGACAGACAGUCAGAUCCGGGGGAAAGUGUUGACCGACUACACUUCUUGCGUUUACGAGGUUUUUGACAAACUCUAUGCCGCCGGUGGACGUAUGUUUGUCCUUAUGAACACUGCCCCUCUGCACCUCGCGCCUUUGUACGCCAACAGCACCCUCCACGGAGUCGGACCGAACCAGUAUUGGCCCAACAAGACAUCCAACCACACUCAAAUCUCGGAGACCAUGCACGAGUACACCUCCACGGUCAACAACGUGUUCAAGUACCAGACGCCGUUUGAGUUGAUGGUGGCAAACCGUUACCCCGACGCCCAUUUCGCCGUCUUCGACAUGUACAGUCUCAUCUCGGACGUCUAUGACAACCCAACAGCCUACCUGAACGGGACCGACGUCAAGGCCGGUACAGAAACGGUGCGGGGGUACAUCAAUCACUGCAACGUCAACCAGACCGUCUGUGUCAAGAUGGACAAUAAUGGAACGAAUCCUGAUGGCUUCUUGUGGUACGACGAGUUACAUCCUAGUGAACAAACCGACCGUGUCAUUGCGAGAAACUUUGUUGAGGUUUUGAACGGGACGUCAAAGUAUGCUACGUACUACUAA